CACACCCUGCCCCACCCUGCCCCACGCCCGCCCCAUGGUGCGGGGGCGAAGCGGCUGAGCCAACCGCGCCCCACGGCGCCCCAGUCCCGCUCCCACGCCGUGGGGCGGCAGCUCUUGGGGGGCCCGAGCUCCGCCAUGGGGACCCCCAACCUCCUGCUCCUCCUCCUCCUCCUCUCUGCCCCACGGGUCGGGGCCCACGGCUGCCACCGGACCCACAGCGACAAAGGUGACCACUCUCAGCUGACGAGGACAGAGCUGGCCUGCGGCCGCCCGCACCCCACGGGGCUGCUGCGCAAUGUGGGGGGCGAGGACGCGGGGGCGGACGAGUGGCCGUGGCAGGGCAGCCUCCAGCGUCGCGGGACCCACGUCUGCGGCGCCUCUCUGGUGGCCCCACAGUGGGUCCUCACUGCCGCCCACUGCUUCCAGGCGAGCCGCGACCCCAGUGCGUACUCGGUGCUGCUGGGGGUGCGGGAGCUGUCGGGGCCCCCCGGGCCGGGGCAGGCGGUGCCGCUGCGGAGGGUUCUGCCCCACAGCGCCUACGCGGGCGAGGCCACCAGCGGCGACAUCGCUUUGGCCCAGUUGGCUUGGCCCGUCGCCUUCUCCGACGCCAUCUUGCCCGUCUGCCUGCCCGGAGCCGAGCUGCGCUUCCCGCCCGGCACCCGCUGCGUGGCCACCGGCUGGGGGGACAUCCGCGAGGGCGAGGAUCUGCCGUCGCCGCGCCGUCUCCAGAAGCUGGAGGUGCCCAUCAUGGCGCAGGACACCUGCCGCCGCCUCUACGGCAUUGACAUGGGCCGCUCGCUGCCGCCGCGGCGCAUCCAGGACGACAUGAUGUGCGCCGGCUACGCCGAGGGCCUCAAGGACACCUGCAAGGGUGACUCCGGCGGUCCCCUGGUGUGCCGCGCCGGAUCCCGCUGGGUCCUGGCCGGCAUCGUCAGCUGGGGCGAGGGCUGCGCCGUCCCCAACCGCCCGGGGGUCUACACCCGCGUCAGCUCCUACGCCCGCUGGAUCCGGCAGCGUGCCGACGGCGUCGCCUUCGUCCCCACCAACGGCCGCGCCCGCGCCCGCCCGGCCGCCAUCGCCAUCGUCCUGCUGGCUGGAGGCAUCUCCAUGGCCUUCUGAGGCGAUGGAGGGUACCGGGAGGGCAACGGGGCCAAGAGGGACCAACGGUGGCCAUGGGGACUCUGUGGGGCCAAGGGGGUCACGAGGAGCCAAUGGUGGCCAAGGGGACUCAACGGUGGCCAAGAGGAACCAACGGUGGCCGAGGGGACUCAACGGUGGCCGAGGAGACUCAAUGGGGUCAAGAGGAACAAAUGGUGUCCAAUGGGAAU